AUGUCAUCACACGACCGACGACACCAACUUCCUUCGCCAGGGAGCUUUGAUUCCGAGGCCGGCAGCACCGCUGCGGGAGACCAUGGGCCGCUGACCUCGCCUGCUGAAUUCUACCCACCACCGCCGCCGCCGCCCCCGGAGUCUGUCGGGAUCUCAAUUCCCGAACCCCUCGAGGCCAUGCCGGACCGCCUACGUACCAUCUCGCCGCUGGAGAAGUGGGCUGCACACGCGACCUCGUCCCAGUUCAACGCGCUUUCCGGGGCUAUCGGUGGCUUCACCUCGGGCGUCGUGGUCUGCCCGCUCGACGUGAUCAAGACAAAAUUGCAAGCGCAGGGUGGAUUCGCCGCCGUGCAAAAGGGGCGCCAUGUUGGACACCACAGGGUAUACUCGGGGCUUCUGGGCACCGGCAAGAUGAUAUGGCGGGAGGAGGGCAUCCGUGGCAUGUACAGGGGCCUCGGACCGAUAAUAUUAGGAUACCUGCCGACAUGGGCAGUCUGGUUCACAGUCUACAACAAGAGCAAGGAGUUCCUCGGGGAGCAUCACAAAAACUCAUUCAUCGUCAACUUUUGGUCCUCGAUCGUGGCCGGCGCGAGCAGCACGAUCGUGACGAAUCCCAUAUGGGUCAUCAAGACACGGCUCAUGUCACAAUCGGCACGCGACCACAUAAGAACGAGCUAUUCACAGUUCCCUAAGGGGGCGAACACGCCGACGUCGCGACCAACGCUGCACUCUCCAUGGCACUACAAGUCGACACUGGACGCAGCACGCAAGAUGUAUACGACCGAAGGCAUCACAUCUUUCUACUCGGGGUUGACCCCAGCCCUACUCGGCCUCACCCACGUCGCCGUGCAGUUCCCGGCAUACGAGUUCCUCAAAACAAAAUUUACCGGCCAGGGCAUGGGCGCUGUGGCGGUAGACAAGGAAGGGCACCAGGCGUCCAACCAGUGGAUGGGCGUCCUUGCCGCCACAAUAUUAUCCAAAGUUCUCGCCAGCAGCGCGACGUAUCCGCACGAGGUUAUCCGCACCCGACUGCAGACGCAGCAGAAGCCCAUGGUCGGCAACGGAAGCAGCAACGGAGGCGCAGGGGUGCCGAGGUACCAGGGCAUCGCGCGAACAUUCAGAACGAUUCUGCGCGAGGAGGGCUGGCGUGCCUUUUAUGCCGGGAUGGGCACGAACCUGAUGCGAGCAGUUCCGGCGGCCACGGUGACGAUGCUGACAUACGAGUAUGUCAUGCGCAAGUUGAACCAAGCCAAGGUUGAUGGGAAAAUGCUUCUUGGUGAGGAUGACCUGAGGUGA